UUGUGUCUGUGUUGCGUGCGUGCGUGCGUGAAAACGGAGCGACUACCAAAACAAGAUGUGGUUCGAAAUUUUGCCCUCGUUCGGGAUAAUUACGGCCGUCCUGUCCGUUCCAGGCUUCGCCCUUUAUGGAUUGCACAAGCUGACGCUGGAUAAUGCUUACCGGCGCAACACCGACGAGAGAUGGGAACGCUUGAUGUACGUCCGGGAUAUGCGAUUGACCGGCAAUCCCUACCAGUGCAACGGCCUGGAGGCUAUCCCGGAUAAGUAAAACGGCGGUACCCUAGGGCAAUUCGAUGUGGUAACUGUUGGUUGAAUGUAGAAUAAAGCGCAGGUUACAAACCGGA